GUAAAGAUCCUGAUCGCCAGCAUCAUGUGCAGUUACAACAAAAAUGAUUGGAUGGAACUCUCCAAAAUGGCUGAGGCUUCUGGAGCAGAUGCCCUGGAGUUAAAUUUAUCGUGUCCACAUGGCAUGGGGGAGAGAGGAAUGGGCCUGGCUUGCGGUCAGGAUCCAGAGCUGGUGAGGAACAUCUGUCGUUGGGUUAGGCAAGCUGUUCGGGUUCCAUUUUUUGCCAAAUUGACCCCAAAUGUCACCGAUAUUGUAAGCAUCGCAAGAGCAGCGAAGGAAGGUGGUGCAGAUGGUGUUACAGCCACCAACACUGUUUCUGGCCUGAUGGGACUGAAAGCUGAUGGCACUCCGUGGCCUGCCGUGGGCAUUGGAAAGAGAACCACAUAUGGAGGGGUAUCAGGUGGGUUUUGAUCUUUCCUUGCAUUU